AUGCCUGGCCCCGCGGAUGCGCCUCCCGAAGGCCAACCAGACUAUUCAACCUGGACGACCCCCAGUCUAAUUGCACGGAUCACAGAGUUGGAGCGCCAGCUUCACUCCCGAAACACCGAGUAUGCUGCUCUGCCGUCUAAGGGUGUUAGUGAGGUCCCACCCUCUGAGCAUCCGGCGACAGACACACGAGGGCUUGUUCCCGCCAAAGCAGGGAAGCAAAAGAGACCUCUAUCGCCUGAAGAUGACAUUACUCACAGAAGAGCGCCUACCCGUCCUCCGAAGCAACCUCGAGAGAUCGACCCAUCCAAAUACAAUACUCGCUUCAUAGCGCUGAAAUUCGCGUAUCUGGGACAGCGCUACAAUGGUUUGGAGCAUGCGAAUGGGAAUGUCACGCCUCUACCCACCAUCGAAGAGGAGCUGUGGAAGGCCAUGCGGAGGACUCGGUUGAUAUUCCCCAAGAACGCGGAGGCCUUUGAUGAUUCUCGGGCCCCCAGGAAAUUGAAACCUUACGCAAUCAGCUGGGAGGGCUGCGAUUACUCAAAGGCCGGGCGCACUGAUCGUGGUGUGAGUGCCUUUGGUCAGGUCAUUGGAAUUAGAGUACGAAGCGCGAGGCCUAAACGGCCGGAUGCGGAGGCAACGUCCGAUGUUGAGAUGACAUCCGGCGCCCAUGCCGGCGAAAAUUGGGAUGACAUUGCAGAUGAAAUACCCUAUAUAAGUAUGCUGAACAGAGUGCUUCCAGACGAUAUCCGCAUUCUAGCCUGGUGCCCCAACCCCCCUCCAGGUUUCGACGCUCGUUUCUCGUGUCGAGAACGCCAGUACAAAUAUUUCUUUACCCAGCCUGCUUUCUCUCCAACGCCAGGGCCCCUGGGUUUUGCUAUGCGGACAUCAGGUGACAAGAGUGCCUCUGCACAGUUACGGGAAGGCUGGUUGGACAUCGAUGCCAUGCGAGAAGCUGCCAAGUACUUCGAAGGAGUGCACGACUUUCGGAAUUUCUGCAAGCUCGACACAAGCAAGCAGAUCGAGAACUUUGAAAGGAUCAUCUACCAUGCAGACAUCGAGCUCCUCGAUCCAAAAGAUCACCCUUUGGGCUAUGUGAACCAGCCCGGCUUCCAAGCUCUCCAGAAUGCCGCUCCCGCAACGGACGCCGAAUUACAAACAAUCACAAGGUCGGCCGCUGCUAAGGUGUAUGUAUUCAAUCUGCACGGGUCUGCCUUCCUAUGGCAUCAAGUACGGCACAUGGUGAGCAUCCUUUUCCUGGUCGGCCAGGGACUGGAGCCUCCAACUAUUGUACGUGAUCUGCUGGACGUGUCGAAAAACCCCUGCAAACCAACGUACGAAAUGGCGUCUGAUGCCCCGCUGGUCCUCUGGGAUUGUAUCUUCCCAGACGAGGCAAGUGGCAGCCGUAAAGAUGCAUUGAACUGGAUCUACGCUGGAGAUCCCAGGCAGUCCAAGAGCCAACUAGGCAAGGGCAGCGGCAAGUUCGGUGUUGGAGGAGUAGUGGAUGGACUUUGGUCCGUUUGGAGACAGCGGAAGAUGGACGAGAUUUUGGCAGGCGCGCUGCUAGACCUAGCUGUUAGCCAGGGUGACCAAACAGUUAUCAGCGGCGAAGGAUCCCAUGAUCCCGUUUCAGAGAAAGAGAAUCGGGGACAAAAGGUUUUCUAUGGCGCCAAUGAACCCAGAAUGGGCGGCAAAUAUGUGCCCGUCAUGCAGAAGCGGAGGACAGAGCCUGUGGAGGUUCAGAACGCCAGGUGGCUUGCGGCAAAGCAGCGAAAAGUUGAGAAGGCUCUGGAGCCUGCGCAUGGGGGUGAUUAG